AUGGUCCCUGGUCCGAUUCCCAGCUCCUCUAGACAGCAUUGUUCUUGGCAAAGAAAACUAGAUGAAUUCAGGAACAAUAAAGUGAGGGAGUGCGCUGAUUCUGACUCCGACUGUGAUGAGUAUGACCAGGAAGAUCGAGGCCUCAUCCUCAGACAGAAUUUAGCUGUUGUCCUCGUGAAGUUUAUUACAACAGGAGCUAAAGGUCAUCUGCUAAGAGUGUCUUUACGCACCCUGAGGAUCCUGUCCAGGGACAAAAAGGUCUUGGGCCCCUUGGUGACCGACAAUGCUCUGCUGACUCUGGCCAAACUAGCCGGGCUGACCACAAGCGAUGCCAGCGAUGAAGCCUGCGACCCCGACACCAAUUUUUACGACAACAUCCUCGCUUCCCUCGCUGAGGCCAAAGUCUUGCGCAGCCGCAUCGAGGAGGACGAAGGCGACGCCGAGGCCAACGACCAGAGCGAAGAGUGCUCUGCCGUCGACGAGGACGCCAAGAGUGACGUCAGCAUCACCAACAGCGGGGACGUGGACAGCAUCAGCUGGAUGGGGAGCCACAGGACCAGCAUCAACGAGAUGCACCAAGGCAGCAUCCAUCACAAGGUGCUGGUGCGAGGCAGGAGGGACCGCAGAGAGAGCAAGAUGGAGGGGACAGAAGAGGAGGAGGACGGGGAGUUGGGAGAGGAGGCUCUGAGGAAAGAGGCCAUGAAGGUGCUGUGUAACGUGGUGUACAACAGCACCUGGGCACAGGAGAGGUUCAGUGCUCUCAGCCUCCUCGGUGGUCUCAUGGAGCGUCUAUCCACCAGCGUCAGCUCCUCAUCUCCCUCCAGUGUUCAGUUCUACGAACUACGCCUCAUGUUCCUCAUCACUGCUCUGCGGCCUGAGCUCAGAACUCAGCUCCAGCAGCAGGGCGGGGUGCCCGUCCUCACAGCGGCCCUGGAGAGCUGCCUGGAGGUGCAGUGGAAGGAGCAGUACGAGUGUGUGCUGCAGCCAGCGGCAAAUCCAAUCUCUCUGGAAGCCUCCCAGCGUGUCAUAGAGAUACUGAAAAUCCUCUUUAACAUCACCUACAGCACCCACAGACAGGAGCCCAGCGAGGAUAACGCAGCUCUUUACCGACACCUGGUGGCCAUCUUGCGUCUCUGCCUGAUGAGGAAGUGCAUGCUGUCGGACGACACUGAUGAGCUGCAGGGUCACACAGUGAACCUGUUGUCAGCGCUGCCCCUCCAGUGUCUCGACGUGUUGCUGAUCGUCCCUCUGGAGCCUGACUCGGAGCAGUGCCUGGGGGUCAACAUGGACUGCGUGCACAUCCUGCUGACAUUCAUGGAGAGACGCCUAGAGUCGGGUGAUAAAAUCAAAGAGAAGCUGACACCGAUCCUCAAUCUGCUGACAGAGUGCUGCAGGGCCCACAGAGAAACACGCCACUACAUCAGGAAACAUGUCCUGCCUCCUCUGACGGAUGUAUCACACCGGCCAGAGGAAGGCUCCACAGUGAAGAAUCGUCUGAUCCGUCUUAUGACUCACCUGGAUACAGAUCUCAAACACUGUGCUGCCGACCUCCUCUUUGUCCUCUGCAAGGAAAACGGUAGGACAUGA